UCCUAUUAUUCUUUGAUCAGCUGCGCCCCCAGAGCCAACUCUUUUAACUAUUUAUUUACUGAGCGUGAGACUGAGAAGAAGAGGGGAAUUGUGGGGGUGGAGCUGGGGAAUAUGGCGAUAUCCGAUGCGGUGAUUGGGAAUUUGAUGAUGAUAUACUUAGCAGUGAUAGCGAGGAUAAAGGCAUAUGGUUUGGUGAGUGGGCGGAGCUUUGGCGGUGGGUUCGUGCUGAUUGUGUUGAGUACGGUGGUGGGUGUCAUCUUGGUCGGCACGCCGACGUGGGACGUCAUCCGUAAAGUCAAUUACGCGAUAUCCGGCGAUCAAGCCGCUUCGGUACACGUUCGAGAGAUGUGCAGGGGGGGUAUUUGCUGGCACGGCGUCGCUGUUCGUUCGCCCGCCUCUCAGGUCCGGUUCAGGAUCCCCCAACAAAUUCCGUACCGUUUGUAAAAUUCAAUUUUAAUUUUGCAAAAAAAGAAAAAUAAUAAUAAAGCUGUAAGAUAAAAGCGUGUUUUGUUUUUGUGAU